CCUGGCCGGGGGCUGGGCUAGUGGUGGCGCUGCGGACGUUGCCGCCGCGCCGUGACGCAGCCAGAGAGGCUGGGCCUUCCCCUACUCCUCCGCCGGACGGUGACAGCCCCGGGGAGGUAGCGAGCGCCGCUGGGGUUGUCGGUGGCUCCGGUCGCCUCGCUCGCCGCCAGGGACCCGGGAGCAGUCGGCGUUGCUGCUGGCCAUGGUCCCCCGCCCGCCGCAGGAGGGGCAGGAGCAGAAGCGGCGGCCGCAGCCGCCAUUGCGAGCCGGGGUUGCGGGAGUAUGAAGGAUGGAAGCGGACGAGGUGACAAUUCGUGAGCAGAACUUCCACAGCCAAGUGCGGGAGUACACGAUCUGUUUUCUCCUAUUUGCUGUUCUCUACAUAGUUUCCUAUUUUGUAAUCACAAGAUACAAAAGGAAAGCAGAUGAGCAGGAGGAUGAAGAUGCCAUUGUCAACAGAAUUUCGCUGUUUUUGAGUACCUUCACUCUUGCAGUUUCAGCUGGUGCCGUCCUGCUUCUACCUUUUUCAAUAAUCAGCAAUGAGAUCCUGCUUUCUUUUCCACAAAACUACUAUAUUCAGUGGUUAAAUGGCUCUCUAAUUCAUGGUUUGUGGAAUCUUGCUUCCCUUUUUUCCAAUCUUUGUUUAUUUGUGUUGAUGCCCUUUGCCUUCUUCUUUCUGGAAUCAGAAGGAUUUGCUGGCUUAAAAAAGGGGAUCAGAGCACGUAUUUUGGAAACACUUGUUAUGCUUAUUCUUCUUGGCCUGCUUAUCCUUGGAAUAGUGUGGGUGGCUUCAGCUCUCAUUGACAAUGAUGCUACCAGUAUGGAGUCUUUGUACGAUCUUUGGGAAUUCUACCUCCCUUAUUUAUAUUCCUGUAUAUCACUGAUGGGAUGUUUAUUACUUCUCUUAUGCACGCCGGUGGGGCUUUCACGAAUGUUUACAGUGAUGGGUCAGUUGCUGGUGAAGCCAACAAUCCUUGAAGACCUGGAUGAACAGAUAUACAUCAUCACCUUAGAGGAAGAAGCAAUCCAGAGGAGACUAAAUGGUAUGUCUUCUACUAUGGAGUUCAAUACAGUGGAGCUGAGACAGGAACUUGAAAAUGUGAAGAGCAUGAAAACAAAAUUAGAGCGGAGAAAAAAAGCUUCUGCGUGGGAGAGGAAUUUAGUGUAUCCAGCUGUUAUGAUACUGCUGCUUAUUGAGACGUCCAUCUCAGUUCUCUUAGUUGCCUGCAACAUUCUUUGCCUGUUGAUUGAUGAGACUGCAAUGCCAAAAGGAUCAGGGGGGCCUGGAAUAGGAAGUGCCUCCCUAUCCACCUUUGGUUUUGUGGGAGCAGCACUUGAAAUCAUUUUGAUUUUCUAUCUUAUGGUAUCCUCUGUCGUCGGCUUCUAUAGUCUUCGCUUUUUUGGAAAUUUCAUUCCCAGGAAGGAUGACACAACUAUGACAAAGAUAAUUGGAAACUGUGUGUCAAUCUUAGUGCUCAGCUCUGCUUUGCCAGUGAUGUCAAGAACACUGGGAAUUACCAGAUUUGAUCUGCUUGGAGACUUCGGAAGGUUUAACUGGCUGGGAAAUUUCUACAUUGUGUUAUCUUACAAUUUGCUCUUUGCUAUCAUGACAACUCUAUGUCUGGUCAGAAAGUUCACCUCUGCUGUGCGAGAAGAGCUCUUCAAAGCAUUAGGUUUAGAUAAACUUCAUCUGUCGAACAAUGCAAGAGACUCUGAGACAACAAAGCCUUCUGCAAAUGGGCAUCAGAAAACACUGUGAGAAGCAAUCAUCUUCAAUCGAUAAAGCUGAAAACUUCAACCUCAUGACAUUCCUGUCAUCUUCAUCAAAAUAUCUUGUUAUUAAUUUCAUUUGUUAAUUUUGGGUCCAACAUUCUCUCACUUUUCACACUGUGUAUUUCUGAGAAACCAAGCUACUUCUGAUUCUACAAUUUCUGAUUUGUUUUGGUCCAUUUUGUGUACUCCGUGGUCAGUUUAUGCAGGAGGUGCCUUGAAGACUGGAAGCUGAGAAAAAUAACGAAUUCCUGGUUGGACAGAGUCUCAUGUUUCUAGAUAUGAUGCCCUACUACCAUGUUAAGUGCACACCUCCUCUGUGAUAUAAAUACAAUGCUGGUGAACAACUCUGAGACUUGGAAAGAAAGGGUACAUUUGAAGCCCAAUAUAACCCUAAUUAGGAAUGUUUAGGUGUCUUUAAUAGCAAGUCACACUUCUUUUUACUAAGAAUUCAUUAAAAAAUUGAAGUAAUUUGGAGAGAUCACUCUUUGUUUCAUACAGGAUUCACUAGGCUGUAUGUAAUGUUUGGCAUAAUGAAGCACUCUUGCAGACCCAGUAUUGUAGGCUUUUCAGUGACAGAAGGUAAUUUUCUUCACUGGUAAUCAGAAGGUGUCUCAUCAAGACUAAUGAACCACAAGAUAAAUUCGAACGUACUUCACUGUUAAAUCUGAGCCCAGUAUGCUUUGUAGAAAGCUAUGCAGGCCUCUUAUUGUUCUAAUUCAUAUAGUACUAUCACUUACAGAAAGUGUUAUGCCAUAGGGGUCAGUUGCCCUUCAAAAUACACGCACAUAAAAUUCUGUUAACUUUGUGUGUGUAUGUGUGUGCGUGCAUAUCAACACAAGUAGCACAGACUUUGUCUAGUUGUCUCCAGUUGCACAGUUUCCUUAAAGGUUUUCUGAGUUAAGUCCUGGUGAUGAUAAUGCAAUAUAUUGUUUCUCAGUCUUGCAAGCCACUAUCUUUCAGUAAUCUCUUCAGCCUUUAGUUUCUCUCAUAUGUGUGUGUAUAUAUACACACACACACGCGCACACACAGGAAUGUUUAUAACUCAGUGCAAGCUAUUAUUUUUCACCAAUCUCUUCAAGUCUUUAGUUUCUCCUAUAUAUUAUAUAGUACUGUCUAUCUGUAUAGAUAGUACUAUAUAGCAUGUGUGUAGUACAUUAUAGUACACUAUAUAUGUUGAAUACUAAGCUUACAGAAAUGAUGCAGUCAGUUGGGUCAGCAAAACCUCCAGUUCAGUCUUAUGAGUAUGAAGCUUUCUGCAAUGUAACAUGAUUUAGCUGCUCUGAGCCCUUAGACCCAGAAUGGCACUGAUGAGGAGAAAUUCAGUAUUUUCUUUAGCAUUGCUGUAGAAUCAGAAGUCCUGCAAGUAGUAUGUGACAAUCGCAGGUCGCUGUUAAAAUAUGUGCACUUUUGCCUGUUGUCUAACACUGCUGCACUAACACUUGACUUGAAAAGAGGAACUAUAAAGACAGUAAUGAGGACCAUUGCCUGUAUAUGUGUGAUCUGUAGACAGAUCAGGCAAGGUUACCAAAACAUUUUUUGGUAAGUUUAAUGUUUCUUAUUUCGUAUUUAUGUAAAACUGAAAUAUGUCCAUUUGAGAUCUGAGCCCUUACACGCUAUCAAACCAUGAUAAUGGACUAAUAUCCAGUACGAUUCUGAAACAAGUUAGUCUCUUCUGAUGUCAGGUAUUUUUCAUCUGUUCUCUUCCUGAGUAAUGUCUCAGUUCUGGACCUAUACUUAAUGAAAUCUGAGUGAGAUGGGAGUUUAGUGGAGUGCUACAAAAGCAACUCCCAAGCAACAGCCACAAAAAUAAUGGUUUCCUGAAUUGGCCUUUUUGAAUGGAAAUUGGGCAUAAUAUAAAUACUACUGCAGUAAUUUCCACGCUAUAUCUACUGUUUAUUAGGCUGGGUUUUGGAGAGAGUAAAAUUGCUAGUUUUCAUUGAGACUUACAGGCAUCUUUUUCUGUUGCUUACAUUUAGUGUUGAGUUUUUGGACAGCAGAAAUUAUUUUUCUCUCCAUUUGAGGCAAAGUUCCAACCAAGAACAGAUAACUACUCCUAAAUUACUUAAAAAUUUGGAUUCACAUUAUAAACAUUAGAUGAUUUAUUAGUAAAGGCAUUGACUCCUUGUAUCUGUUGAGAGUGUAUGGGCUUCUGCAUUAGAAGUGUAAAGAAGGAUAAUAUAAUUAUCCACUAUUUAUCUUUGGAAAUGAUAAUAUGACUAUAAUUGUACCGUAUCCCCACUGGGAGUGUGGUAAACUGUGACAUAUGAUAGGGUUAGUUAAUUUUAUAAAACAUAUUCCAGUUUCCUGUUACAUUGUGACUUUAAGGUAGCUGCCUCAGUAAGAUUUUUUUUUUAUCAGAUCCCCUGAUGAAAUUGUCUGCAUAAAGAUCAAAAAGCAAAAACUUCUACUCGAGUUCUGGAUGAUAUCUGCCUUAAUUUUGAUCUUUGUCCUUCUCUCAGUAGGAGUUCACAGCAGAAACUGAUUUAUUUUUUUUGAGGGGGUAUGUGUUCUGUCAAUCCAAGAAAAUCAAAAAGUCAAACAAUUCACCAUGCUUAUAUAUGAUUCCCCAGAAUGGAUUGUGUUUAGCAAGUGAGUGGUCUGGAGGCAAGCUCCAUUAGAUAGGUUCACAAAUAGUAAGAAUACAAGUUAUAGUAUGUAGGCAAAAAAGAAGAAGAAAGACUUGCAGUGUUUUCCCCCUUGUCUUAGUAGUGGCAGUAUCAUAGCCAAUGAAGUUAAUCUGAGGUGUGAUUAUUGCUAGUUGAAAACUUUUCUUUCCCUCCCAGAACAAACACUGCAGUAUUCUGAUUGCACUCCUUUUAUUGGGUUGUGCUUUGAAUCUUAGAGUCACAGAUAUGUAUUGAUUAAAAAGAGUACUUAAAUAAAGACACUGUUUACUGGAAAGAAGGCAAAAGUUUAGGUUAAGUGUGGUUCUCACAGUGGAUUAAUCUUCAGAGAAAAUCCAACCUUUCUGUAUCUGCUGACAGUGUCUUAACGUCUACUCUUUGUAUUGUGACACUGUCUACAUUAAAUAUCCUGAAACUGACAUUCUAUAUGCAAACUUUUUACAGAUACAGUGCUACUUUCAAACGUAAAUAUAACACCUUGGUCAUGUAUUCACAGAAGGGUAAAUUCAUUUACACAGAAGCAAUGGAGAAGUCAUUAAUGGAUAUUGACAGUGCACUUCGUGUUUUGUCUCAUGUAGUCAGGUGGUCUGUACCUCUUGGUGACAUCAACAUCUGCCUCAUUUUUUAUGAGGCUAAAGCACAGAGAUGCUCCUAUCUGAUAAACAAGAUACAUUUUUGGUCUGUUUUAUGGUAUGUGAAUUAAGUGUCUUAAGUUAGCCACCUCUUGGCUUUCUCCUGUGUUAGUAGCACAAUAUUCCAUGCACAGUGGCAGAAUUGUUGUAAUAUGGUGGGAUUUUUAAGUGUAAGCACAUCUUCAGUAUUUACCUUUUAAGGUAAAAAUUAAACUGGUGUGAUGUUACUUUAGAAGUAACAAUUUUUGGAUUCAUAGGUAACUUUGUUUACAGAUUGUGAUGGUGUUGUUUGUUGGCCCUGUUUCUCCAAUAUCUUUUACACAGUUGACUGUUUGUGUCAUAGAAAUUAAAGAAUUUAACAAGAAAUUAUUUUGUGUUUUGGUUCAGAAGUACCAUAUUAAAGCUUUAAAAAUAUCACCAA